AUACGAAACUAACAAAGAUGGCUCAAGGUGUGCUAGUUCCAAGAAAUUUCAAGCUUCUAGAUGAGCUGGAGAAGGGGGAGAAGGGUUUGGGGGAUGGCACGAUUAGCUGGGGGCUGGCCGAUGAUGCAGAUAACACCCUUACACGUUGGCAAUGUACCAUCAUAGGCCCAUCAAAAACAAACUUUGAGGGUAGAAUUUACAACUUAACGGUUGAAUGUGGAGAGCAUUACCCUAAGGAGAGACCUAAAGUCAGAUUUAACACCAAAGUCAGAAUGAACUGUGUGAGCGAUAAUGGAGAGGUAAACAGCAAACAAUUAGACGAACUCAAGAACUGGCAAACGCAUUCCUCAAUAAAGAAUGUUCUAAGUGGUAUUCGCCGAGCAAUGACGCUCAAGGAAAACAAAAACUUUCAACAGCCUAAUGACGGCACUUUCCCUUAGAGGUUUUCGUUCAGCCUUGUCAGAAAGGAUAAUCUAUGCUAUAAUAAUAUGUGCAGUCAUAGACAUUUAGGUGAAAAGUUUUGCUGUCUGUUUUAAUCAAUUCAGCAUAGCUUUGUGAACUGUUUAGCCACAAAAUGCUGUUUCCUGGAGAUUGCUUUGAAUUUGCGAGGUCCUUUUUUCAUCAUUUUGAUUUCGAUUUUUCGAUGUCUUUUUUUUCAAAACUCUAUGCUUCAAUUUGCAAGUUCCACGAUUUUUGUAUUUUGACCAUUUUACUCAGUAAACAUUGUAUUUGUUAUGCCAGAAUGGUGUAAAUCGCUUCAAGGGGUUUUCAUACAUGUAUAUUAUUCUGCAAAAUUAGUAUUCAAAAGAUUGUUAAUUGCAAAUAUAAGUGAAAAACAUCCUCGGGGAAUUAAAGCAUUCUACAGUAUUAUUUUGUUACUUCCUCAUCAUAUACUUGAACUUACAUUGGAGAGAGUCGUUAUGGAUGGAUUCAUAUAGCUCUCACAGAUACAUGUAAAAUUAAACAUGGCUAAAUUAGGCAAAAAAUCAGAUAGAGUUGUGUUGUCCUUCUUAAAGAUAGUUUUUUCAUUUAACAUUAGUGUUUAAGAUAUUUCGGAAUUUUGUGGGAUAAUUUUCUCGGCAGUUAAAUUUUCUCAUUUGCGUCUCGAUCCUAUUGGUAUAGGUUAUAUCAUCGUCAGAUACCCCCGAUACACUAUGCUUCAUUGUGUAUGAAGUGUAAUGCAAGAAAGUACCGUGGUUGAUGGCGAUGAGGUUAUAUCAACUAGUUAUAUUAUAUAGUUUCGUAUGAAGGCAUUUAUAAAAUUUAACAUUUUGAAAUGAAAUGGAGACCCAUUUGUUUACAUCAUAGGUCUGAUCCCUUUUAUUUGCUAUGCUAAUACAAGGUACAUGUUUGUUUACAAUACCUAAUUUAUGUUCUUUAAAUGCCACUUUGAUUUGAUUGAAAUUUUAUCACAAUUUCUUUUAUUAAUCAGGCAACAUAAAAAUGUUCUCGCACUGUAUUGAUUGAUAUGUCACAAAAAAAUUGCUAGUUAGACCCAUUUUUAAUGUUAUUAUUUUUUAGACGGUAAAUAUAUUGUCAUAGCUGUGGUAUUCUCGACAGUAGUUUCAUUCAGCAGCAUUGUGCAAAAAAAUCAUGAUUGCCACAACAUAAAACCUUCUAAAAAUUACAUGACACUGUAGUCAUCAAUAAUGACAAUCUGCCCAAGGUUUCCACAUCUAUUUUCUACUGUAAAAAAGCAGACGAGCACUGGCGCUUGCUUACCGUUCUCUUGAUUUAUUUGGCCAAAAGCGACACUUUCUGGGUCGUAUGUAUAAAAUAAGCUGCUAAGAAUAUUUACCUCAUUACUUAAGUGUGUUAAUAACCUAAUGAUUUAAAACUGUAAUUUAUCUAAAUAUUGUAUCCUAUCCUUUCUAUUUUUGCAAUAACAAUAGGCAGGGCUGGUUUUCAUAAAGCAUUUUAAUCCAUUUCCUAACUUUAGUCACUUUUUAAAUUUAUGUAAAGAUGUAAAAACUGAAUAAUUUCUGAAAUACAUUGUUUCCAUUGACCAAGUUGAAAAAAAUAUACAUUGAUGUUAAAAACAUUAAUCCAGUGUUUUAAUUUGACUUUUAUCAUUUUAAGAAAUCUACAUAAGUUAGUAAAUGUCUUAAGAUGCUUUAUGAUUACGACCCCGAGGUGUGUAACAAGACCAGUAACUCUGGAAACAUUUUUUUAUCAAGGUUCAAUACGGCCUUGAAUGAAAUAUGAGAAAUGAAGUGUGAAGGCACCUGCUUGCAGUAGAAUCAUUAACACUUCAUUUACACAGCUCUGGAGCCAAUUGUAUGAAACUAGUUAACUGAACCGUUUGAACAUGCAAGCAAAUUAAUUUGUCAACAGUAUAAUUUAAAUGUUGACCAAUCAAUUAACAUUUCGACUACCUUGCACCAAACCAAAUAAUCAGAUGGAUUUAUACAAUUGGCUCCUGGUUUUAUUCUGGUACUGAGUAAGUCUCCUUCUGUACUUAACUGUCCUCCAAGCUCAUGUAUUAGUUUUGUGUUCAUUGUAUCAUGAUUUGUCACUGUCUGUGAAUCUGUCAUUUCAAACACAUGUGUACUAAUAAAGUCAUAAAUUAUCAA